AGCAACUGUCUGUAACUACAGCAAAUUCAUAUCCUGUGUAAUCAUAAAUACUGCACUGAGAAAGGGACAGGAAGUCUCAGAAGCAGGAGAGCAGAGCGGCCAGAUCUGUCUGCAGGAACAGCCAGUGGGAGGAUCCAGCUGAGCGAGCGCUCCACAGAGGUGAACUGACCCACCAGCCACAGCACAAGGGAGCAGGCUGUGAGAACAGACCCUGGCAACCACAAUUCUACUUUCUGUGCAUCUGACUAUUGCAGGUGCCUCAACAUCAUCAGCAUCAUGCUGUUACAAUCCCAAACCAUGAGGGCUUUUGACAUCUUUACACCAAAGGGCAUCACUAUCCCUGAAAGACAGAAACCUGGACACACAUACCAAAAAGAAGAUUACCAGCAGAGUGGGCUGCCAAAAGAAGCCACUGUUCUCGGGAUUGUCCAGAUCCCGUGUUGCCUGAUGAUAUCAAGUUUGGGGGUCAUCUUGGUUUUUGCUCCCUACCCUUCCCACUUCAAUUCAGAAAUUUCCACCACUUUGAUGUCUGGGUACCCAUUUUUAGGAGCUCUGUGUUUUGGCGUUACUGGAUCCCUCUCAAUUAUCUCUGGAAAGCAAUCGACUAAGCCCUUUGACCUGAGCAGCCUAACUUCAAAUGCAGUGAGUUCUGUUACUGCAGGAGCUGGCCUCCUCCUCCUUGCUGACAGUGUGGUAGCCCUGAGGACUGCCUCUCAACAUUGUGGCUCAGAAAAGGAGUAUCUAUCCUCACUGCCUUAUUCGGAGUACUAUUAUCCAAUAUAUGAAAUCAGAGAUUGUGUCCUGACCAGUGUCAGUUUAACAGUGAGUAGCUUCAGAUUGAAUAUCCUGUCGUGUGAAAUCUCAGUGUCUUCCCUCUGCAUAACCUCUGUUUUUCUGGCAGUCUCUGGUCCUGUUGGUCCAAAUGCCUGGAGACAGACGGAAAUAAACAAACACUUGUGGUUGGAAGAGGCCUGUCUGCAGACUGCAUGGUGUGGGGGGUGUACCAGACAAAGUCAGAAGAGGAAAUCAAGGACAACAGGGAGACUAUCACUCUUCUGGUUUUUCUUAUUACAAACAUUCCAACCUCGAUGAGUUUGACUCUUAAAGUGCAACCUUUGUUGAAUGGGCUUCUCCCUACUCAUCACAGGCAGAAAUAUUCUUCAUUUGAAUUUUAUUUUAAUCUGAGAUUAUCUCUUUUGGGCUCUUUUCUAGGGGUUGGAUGCCCCUAUCCCUUAAAGAUGCUUGUCUUCUGAUCAUCAGUGAAUUGAGGACUAGCAGAGGCUGUACAGUGUUCAAUUUAACCUUCAAAUGCAAGCCUGUAUGCUACAUUAUGUUAGGCAUAGAACAUGACUCUUAAGCCCAAAUACAUAAUUAUUUUGUACUUUGGUCCAACAGGGCUGACAGAGUGCGGUGGGAAGGGAGAAAGCCUGUCAUGGAUUUGACUUCUAGAAAAAAUGUCAAUCUCUCUGGGCAGCAUUUUCUUGGCACCUUUCUCCCAAACUUGAUGAUCACUACCUGUUCAUGGUGACAAGCCUUGCUUAUUCCAUCCUAUAAAUGUAGGGUCAUGGUGCUAAAAG